AUGGAUACUGCUUUACCGCUCGAAGCUCGGCGCUUAUCCAGUCAAGAAGCAUACCCGUACCCGCUUGCCAGCAAUGAAUCGAGGGGAGCCCUUAUUGGCCGAAAGUGCGAAUCCAACAGCCAAUCACGACUCAGUAUCCUCCGAAUACGGGUUGCCGGCGCUGCAUCUGGAAGGCGUCGGGAUUUCGGGGACGUUGUCGCCGCAUACGCUUUAUCUACUUCUGUACAUACCAUGGAUCAUGUUCGCCUUAUCUUAAAAAACGCUCUCGGAGAAAAAGCAGCCGCUGACUUUAUCAAUUCAGCUCUGGCCGUGGAGAAUGUGCAAGAUAUCAAAAAACGUGUUUGCACACUUCUAGACACACGCAAGGCAGAAAAUCGUAAAGUAUACGAGGUCCUAAUGAGAGAGAAACAGAGACGAGCUGCAUUCCCAGAAGAAGGCUAUCGGAAAAUAAAUACGAAUCCAAAUGCACCAUGUGAUCUCACUGUAUCCACUGUCCAAGAGAAGGUACCUCCAAAAGACGAUGAAGACAGGGUGAAAACAGAUUCUUCUGGCCUCAGGAAGAAACAAAAACCCAAAUUCUAUCCAUUGUUCACCGAAGGGGCUCGUGGCGAUCAUCUCGUUUCCCUGCUGCCUGGGCGUCAUCCUUGUCAAUGUCUUGCUACCAAACACCAACUUGACAGGGUGAAAACAGAUUCUUCUGGCCUCAGGAAGAAACAAAAACCCAAAUUCUAUCCAUUGUUCACCGAAGGGGCUCGUGGCGAUCAUCUCGUUUCCCUGCUGCCUGGGCGUCAUCCUUGUCAAUGUCUUGCUACCAAACACCAACUUGUGAGUAAUUGCACCAGUUGUGGUCGCAUCGUCUGUGCACAGGAAGGUUCCGGCCCCUGCUUUUUUUGUGGCAAACUUGUUUGCUCUAAGGAAGAGCGGGAUAAAAUUGCUUUGGGCACCAAGCAGGCAGUGAAGCUGAAAAAUCGCCUUUUGCAUGCCCCAUGGGCACCGGGUACCCAAACUCCUCCUUAUCGCCGUAAAUCCUGCGCCAAGCGGGCGAACGCAGUCGACGUUCCAGGAUCCUACGAUGAUGAGAACUCUCAGGAGGAAGACGAAGACUGGGACCUUAUCCAGGUGCAUACUGUGAAGGAGGACGCACAGCAACGGUUGGAAGAAGGCAAGUACAGUCUGGCAGCAGCUUUGGCUAACCGUGACCGCCUACUGGAAUACGAUGUUACAACCGCUCGCCGAACACGUGUACUGGAUGACGAGAUGGACUACUUCGUAUCCGAGGGUAGUGGUGGCGCCGCUGCUUGGCUCAGCCCCGAAGCGCGUGAACGGGUUGCGAAACGUUUAGCUGAGCUCCGCGCACUUCGCCACGCAUCCAGACUUCAGGGAACGCACUUAUGUAUAGACUUUGCCGGACGGUCAGUGGAGAUUGUGGACACAAGAGAUGAAGCAGCCAGGCAAUUGUACCGACCGAAUCAAGAGGAAAUCGAUCAGUUAGAGGCAUCUCUUCGGGACAAAGAAUCGAACGACUUAAAUAAAGGUUCUGCUUCAUCUCAAGCGGUCGCGGGUCGGAUGAUUGAUCCAACUUUGAACGAUCAGUUCUUACAGUUCCUCCCAACGCUUACUCGGAGUCAGCUUUCUGUGGAUCAAGCGCCUGAAUCCAGUUCACUCAUGAAGGCUUUGAAAGAUGCUCCUAAUGGACUUCGUGUGCAAGAUGACAUUUCGCGACAGUUGACAGACGAAGGCUAUUGUCUCAGUAUGCACCAACCGUGGGCGUCCUUCCUAGUACGAGGAUUAAAAAAAGACGAGGGUCGUGAUUGGUAUAGUGCACAUCGAGGGUGUCUGUGGAUCGCAUCGACCGCAAAAAAGCCGGAUCCCGACGCUGUGGAACAGAUGGAACAGGAUUACCUCAGAUCUGGUGGAUUACGAGCUAACCUACCCCAAUCCUACCCGACCGGUUGUCUUUUGGGUCGAGUGAAUGUAGUGGAUGUACUUAGCCAAGAAGACUACCGAACUAGGUUUCCUGACGGACCCAGUGAAAGUCCUUACGUAUUCGUCUGUAAUGACCCUCACGAACUGCUAUUAAAACUGCCCAUCAGUGGGAAACACAAAAUAUGUAAGUCCUGUACUUUGAUCCUAACAAUAUGAACUUUAGAUAAACUCGAAAAGCACAUCCACACAGCAGCGGUAAAAAAUCUGGCAUAAUCAUACACUGGAACGGGGUCGGAUGAUGAUUGUGAGAAAAUUCCCCGAGAUUAUUGUACAGCUCUUUAUUUUGAACUGACUUGCAUUAAAUUC